AGGUCGAAUCUUUGCUUACUGCUAAACUUGUUCCUUCACAUCUGGCAGUAACUGACAUAUCUAGAGGAUGUGGUGCAGGCUUCGAAGCUGAGAUUGUUUCAUCAAAGUUUGAGGGCAAUAGGUUGCUAGAGAGGCAUCAAAUGGUUAAUGAUGCACUCAAGGAAAUGUUGGGAGAUAUCCAUGCUCUCUCCAUAACCAAAGAUCAUACGCCUGAUUCACCCACACCGUCAAUCAAACCCCAACAAGAAGCUCAAAAGACUGAUUCACCCAAAUCGCCAAUUAAUCCCGAGCGAGAAGCUCAGAAGACUGAUUCACCCAAACCGCCCAAACCCCAGCGAGAAGCUCAGAAGGAUGAUUCACCCAAACCGCCAAUCGAACCGCAACGAGAAGCUCAGAAGACUGAUUCAUCCACACCGCCAAUCAAACCCCAGCGAGAAGCUCAGAAGCCUGAUUCAUCCAAGCCGCCAAUCAAACCCCAACAAGAAGCUCAGAAGUCUGAUUCAUCCAAACCGCCAAUCGAACCCCAGCGAGAAGCUCGGAAGACUAAUUCAACCACACCGCCAAUCAAACCCCAGAAAGAAACUCAAAAGCUUGAUUCAUCCACGCCGCCAAUUGAACCCCAGAAAGAAGCUCAGAAGACUGCUUCACCCACGUCGCCAAUCAAACCCCAACGAGAAGCUCAGAAGCCUGAUUCAUCCAAACCGCCAAUCAAAUCCCAACGAGAAGCUCAGAAGCCUGAUAAUUCACCCAAACCGCCAAUUGAACCCCAGCGAGAAGCUCGGACGAUUGAUUCAUCCACACCGCCAAUCGAACCCCAGCGAGAAGCUCAGAAGCUUGAUGCAUCCAAACUGCCAAUCGAACCCCAGCGAGAAGCUCAGAAGGCUGAUUCAUCAACAUCGCCAAUCAAACCCCAGCGAGAAGCUCAGAAGCCUGAUUCAUCCAAACCGCAAAUCGAACCCGAGCGAGAAGGUCAGAAUACUGAUUCAUCCACACCGCCAAUCAAACCCCAUCGAGAAGCUCAGAAGCCUGAUUCAUCCAAACCGCCAAUCGAACCCCAGAAAGAAGCUCAGAAGACUGCUUCACCCAUGCCGCCAAUCAAACCCCAAUGAGAAGAUCAGAAGUCUAAUUCAUCCAAACCGCCAAUCAAACCCCAGCGAGAAGCUCAGAAGCCUGAUUCAUCAAAACCGCCAAUCGAACCCCAGAAAGAAGCUUAGAAGACUGCUUCACCCAUGCCGCCAAUCAAACCCCAAUGAGAAGUUCAGAAGUCUAAUUCAUCCAAACAGGCAAUCGAACCCCAGAAAGAAGCUCAGAAGACUGAUUCAUCCAAACCGCCAGUGAGAAGCUGAGAAGCUUGAUGCACCCUCAUCUAUCAAACCAUAAAACCUCUAGGCUUUUUUUAGAUGUUAAAUGCUCAUAUAUAUUUAACAAAAAACUAUACUCCGUAGUUAUGAUAGUUGAAAUUAAAAUCGUGAAGCCAAUAUCUCGAGGUAACAGGAUACUUUCAUGUUUAAUAAUAAUAAUAAUAAUAAUAAUAAUAAUUGUAAUAGUAAUUGUAAUAGUAAUAGUAAUAGUAAUAAUAAUAGUAAUAAUAAUAGUAAUAACAAUAGUAAUAAGAAUAGUAAUAAGAAUAGUAAUAAUAAUAGUAAUAAUAAUAGUAAUGAUGAUGAUGAUGAUGAUGAUGAUGAUGAUGAACCUUUAUUAAUCACAGCUCUAUCCAAUUGAUCUUUUGCAUAAGAACUAAAAUACACUAGGUUAUCCCAUUCUGAUAUGCUACUAUAAUAUUCCAAAAUAA